CGAGGAGGAGCCUCCGCCGCCUGCCCUUUUACUUUCGGGCGCCGGCACUUGGCUGCAAGCUGCUGCCGCUGCUAGCCGCCCCCCCCCCCCCCAGCUAUGGGGACCCCGCGCUUUUAAAGCCGCCCUCUGCGCCGCCCCGGGGGGGGGCACCGUGAAUUAAUUAAAAAUCGCUGUUUACGUGGUUAUUCAUUGCCCCGCUGCGGGCAUGUGAACAACCACCACCACCCCCAUUCCCCCCCCCCCCCGCCCCACCACCAUCACCCCCCUACACCCACCCGCAGCGCCAUGCCGGCAGCCUGCACCCUGCUGCUGCUGCUGGGGCUGGUCCCGCCGGCCGGGUCGUUGCCCCUCGCUUCCCCACGGCGUCGUCUUCUUCCUCCUCCUCCUCCUCCUCCGUCCCGAAGCCGUCUCGGCCGCCCUUGCUCGCCUCCCGCCGCGGGACACGCCGGCAGCCCGGUCAUCGAAAGCAGUCAUCGGGCAAGAAGUUUGGACACAGAGACAAGGACUUCUGGUGCUCUUGUGGACAGCACGGAGAUGGUGACGAUGCUGGCUGGCAGCAGGGAGCAGGCAUCACUGCCUGCCAAGCACAGUGCGUUGCCAGCGGCGAGUGAAGUCAGGGGGCAUGUCAGUCUCGCCGGUGGUGGGGAUUUCACCCCACCAGGAGCAGCGUCCCCAGACAGCCCAUCUGCUGGCACAGCGACCCACCUGCCCGCCCACAGCCAUCCUCCUGCCACUGGAAGCCAUCACCAUGCUGUGGGCAGCUGGGAGAGAAGCAAGAGGGCUCUGGCUUCUCCCAGCACCCCUGCAGCUACUGAGAGGACGCUGUGGGUUUUGGCAGCCAUCAGCACCGAUUUGGCUGAGACGACGCUGAGCGGGCACCGUGGGGUCCGCGAUGUGACAGGGUUCGACAACAUGGCAAGGACGGUCCUGCUGCCUCCCUCCAUGAAGACUAGUCCCCCAGGCACCACCGGCCCAUGUCAACCGGCAGACACAGUGGCCUCUUCACCCAGCCCCUCGGGGAGCAGUAUGGGGACACCGCAGCCCCUCCCCAGCACCCCUCUCCCUGGCUCUCCAGGACAGCCCCAGUCUUCCCCCCAAGCUUCCAGUACCCAGACUGGUGUGAACCGCACGGCACUACACCUCAGGGACGUCACAGGGGACUCCACAAGCCCUUUCCUCACGGCAUUGCCUGCCACUGACAGCACUUUUGGAACUGCUGGGAGCAGCAGUGCGGCUGCAGAAAACCCACGGUCCAGUAUCCGAAGGGCAGCGCCUGGCUCCGUGGCUCAGCCGCUGGCCUCGGCACCCUCCUCGGUGGCCCCAGUGUGGGGGCGUUUCUCCGGGCCCUCCACAAAGCGCCAGCUCGCCCCUUCUCACCCAGCUUCGGAAAGCACUGCUGCAGCUGUUGGAAGCAGCUACCAGCCAUCCAACACCUCGGCGACGGAGAGGAGAGUUUCGGAUUUCUCCACCACCAGUACCUCCAUUUCCACAACAGCCACCAAGGGUGGAGGGAGGACGUUAAGGUCUCUGCCGGCCAGCACCAGGCUGGCUGAUGCAGCAGAGAUUUCCACCACUGAUAUCAAAAUCAUCAGCUCUUCAGAGCGGACCUGGUCUCCUGGGAUGUCUUUGGGAGCUCAGGGUGAUGGUGGCAGAGGUGCCACAGACUCGCUGCUCACGGGCUCGCUGUCUGCUGCGGAAAGUGCUUCCAUGACCUUUAGCAGCAAUUAUGAACCCAAGAGCGUCCCCGCUACAGAAGAGGCAAUGCUGCACUUGGAUACCCGUGGUGCUGACGUGCCCAGUGUGGCAGUGGGGGCACCAGGGCCCCCCCCAAACAGCCACACAGUUGGGGUGACAAGAGGUUCUGCCUCCAGCACCGACUCCACCAGCCCUUUGGGGGGGACCUUCUCCUCCUCAGAGGCCAGGACACACCAUCCUAAUGGCUCAUGGGAAGCCACCGACCUCCCAAUGCCUCCUGGGGAGCCUUUGCUCACAAGCUCCCUCUCUGCUGCCCAAAGUACUUUCAGAGGUGUCAGAAGCAGCCAACGACCAGUUAACAGCUCAAGGACAGAGAAAAACGCCCUUGCUUCCUCUCCCACCAGCACUUUCAUUUCAGCCACAGCCACCAGCAGCAGUGGGGGGCCCCCAAGGUCUGCCACAGACAGCAGCCGAUGGGCAGCAGAACUCUCCACGUCCAGUAGUGGCAUGUACAGGACCUUGGGCACAAUCCAAUCCUUGUCCGUGUCUUCUGUGAGAGAGACCUACAGAGUUCAUGGGUCCAGAGAAACCACGGAUUUCAUGGAGCAGACAGCAGAUCCUUCCCUAACACACUCACACUCUCCUUCAGAAGGUUCUUCACCAGCUACUGGAAGCAGCCAUGUGUCAUUCAGCGUCCUGUCAACAGAGAGAAGAACCGAUUUCCCCACCACCAGUACCUCCCUUUCCAUGACAGCCACCAAGGGUGGAGGGAGGAUGUUAAGGUCCUUGCCAGCCAGCACUAGGCUGGCCCGAACAACAGAGAUUUCCACCACUGGUAUUGAAACCAUCAGCUCUUCAGACCAUACCCUGUCCUCUUUGGGAGCCCAGCGUGGUGGUGGCAGAGGUGCUACCGUGUCAUCCACAGACCCGUUGCUCACAGGCUCACUGUCUGCUUCGGAAAGCCCGUCCCCAGAAGGGACCUCAGCUAUGGGAGGACACCCAUCUGAUGCUCCUCUCACCAGUACACCCAGCUCAGUGAGAGAUACCAGUGGUGGCAAGAGGAGCACAGUGCCUGUGUCAGACACUCGCGCAGCAUCCGGUGCAGCAGGGACCUCCGCCCCUGCUCCACCACACACCAGCUCCUUGGACAUGGUUCUUCUGCCAUCCUCAUCAGCAACAGAGCCUGGGAGGCACAGUGAUGUUUCACAAAGUGGUGCGGGACUCAGUGGGCUUCCAACAAAGCCCCUGCCUGGAUUUUCCCCCAGCAUUUCAGUGCCUUUGCCUUCACCAAGUGCUUCAGAGAGAGGAAGAAGAGUUUCUGGUGCUCCUACUGAGACCACGUACAUCUCAACCACACUCUCCAGACACAAGGAGAGGACAUCUCAGGCUGCAGCUAACAGCAACAUGUGGAGCACAGUGGCAGAAAGCCCUACGUCUCACCCAAACAUGGCUGGGGAGCCCCACACCACACCCCUCCCAUCCUCCACGGCAUGGCCUGGAGUGGGACACGUCUCAUCCAGCCAAGCAGGGUAUCCAGAGACCAAGGUCACCCUUUCAUCCAUGGUCUCCACCUACUUCUCAGCCACUGGUGAACCUUCCACCAUGGGCAGCAGCCAUCACUCCCUAAGCAGCUCGAGUGCCAAGGAAAGGAUGUUCAGCCCCAUCACUGAUCCUGCAUACACAUCCACGUCUGCUGGCAGUGGAGAGAGGAUGCUGCAGUCGGUGACAGAAGGUGCACUGACCAGCGGCACAGAGAGCUCCGCUUCCUAUGUUGAAACCACCAGCUCUCCAGGGCCAGCUCAGCCGGCAUCGGUGGAGCAGAGCAGGAUGGCCAAUGCCUCCACCAGCAGUGGGGGCUUCACAGGAUUUGCGACAGAGACGGUCUUUGCACGGUCUUUCAAGAUACCCACUUCUUCUUUCCAAAAUGAUCUCACAAGCUUUUCAAGUAGCCAUCAGCCAGUCAGUAGUAUUGAUGCUGAGAAACGGACCUCGGUUUCUCAUACGGACGGCACAUACAUUUCAACCACAUAUACCAGAGGAGGAGAAAGGACCCUCCUGUCUAUCUCAAAUAGCAGCACCUCUGCUGACUCCUCAGAAAGUUCCACCUUUUUUUCUGAAAUUUCCAACCCUUCUGAUCCAUUGAAGUCUUCUGUGGCACAGGACAGGAGGAGCAACGUAUCCAGCGAUGGCAGUUUUGUUGAACCAUCUACAGAGCCGUUGCCAGUACACCCUUCCAAACUGUCAACUUCUGCUUCUGCAGGCAGCAUACAAAAUACAACUCACUUCAACACUGACUCUGAGUUGUUGACCACUGGUAGGUCAUCUCUAUCUUCACCAGCAUUUCCAGCCUCUUCCUCAGCAUCAUCACUGCAUCAUUCACUGCCAUCAACGCCACCAACUACUUAUUUGUUUACCUCAUCAGAGUCAUCUGAGUCACUCUCGUCCUCUGUAAUGGCAUCUUCACCCCCUCUGCAGGCUUUGUCAUCCUCUUUGCCCACUUCCUCAUUGCUUUCCCCAUCUUAUUCAUUAGCAUCUUUAUUGCCUCUGUUUUCAUCACCAUCAUCCAUCUCGCAGUCCAAUGAUAGUGGUCAAACAAGCACUUCUGUAGCUACAACUGUGGUUAGGCAAGUGCCCUCCACAGCUGCCGUGGACAGGGGCUCGCCCAGAGGGACCAACAAGCACAGUGUCAUGGACCAGCCCCAAAACAGCACCACCAUCACCUCCACGAGGUCUUCUCCUCUCCCCACGGUGCCCAUGGAGCAGGUUGGUGGACGCAUUGUGUCCAUGUCCACUCCUGUGACAGUAACAGAGACCACCUCACUGAGAGCCACCACUGCCCAGGGAGGCAGCUUUGGGAAGGCAAUGUCUCUGCUCACCACAGCCAGCGAUGCCCCACAGGCUGGGCCGGUGGAUGCAACCCUUAGUUCCUCGCCAAGUGCAACAAACCACAGCAUCGUUGUGCCUGCAGUGGCACUGACCACAGUGAAACCUCCUGUGCCGACAACACUGGCCGGUCGCCAGCCAACCCCAGGUGAUGCUGACACCACAAAGGCCCACAGAGCUCAAACGCCUGCUGCCACUAAGCACGUGUAUACCACUGGUGAAAGCACAGAAGCUGUGGAUCCCACCACUGCAAGGCCUGGUAAAGUCACUGAAGAAAACAUCCCUGUUAUGAGUCCUUCUGAAGCCCCUCCGACCAGCAAGACCACUGUGAGCAUUGCAACUACUUUGGCUGCUACCAAACCAACCACUGUUCCUCCACUGAGUAGCACAACUGGGCUGAGGGCAUUGUCUCCAGCAACAGAUGUGGAUAAAUGUCUUUCCAACCCUUGCCCUGCGCUGGCCACCUGUAACAACACCCGUGGCUCUUAUAUCUGUCGGUGUCCUCUUGGAUAUGAGCUGGAAAAAGGAAAGUGCAAUUUAGUAAGAAUAUUUAUUGGCCAGGUCCCCCUGGAACUUAAUACAACCCGUGGGAAGUACACAGAACUCCUCCACGUCGAGGGUGAAAUCCUGGCAAUGCUCAACGCAUCGCUGUCAGGCUUGCCGGGGUACCGCCACUCCACAGUCAAAGCAACCAGGGAGGCAAAUGUUGUGCAUGCUUCAGUGCAAUCCACGUUCUCUUUAGCAUCCAAUGUGACUUUCUAUGACGUUGUCAGCAGCGUGAAAAGCUACAUUGGAGCUUGCAAAUCCUCCACUGAAGCCUGCCAGUUCAUCUCCAGCCUGAAACCACUCCACAAAGUUGGCAGCUUGUGCAAGCAGAAAGACCCUGAAUGUGACAAGGAAACUUCUGAAUGCACUGACUUUGAUGGAGUCGCGCUCUGCCAGUGCAAAAGUGGGUACUUCAAAUACAACAAGAUGGACCACUCCUGCAGAGCCUGUGAAGAUGGAUACAAGCUGGAAAAUGAGACCUGUGUGAGCUGCCCUUUUGGCUUAGGUGGAUUCAACUGUGGAAACCCAUAUCAACUCAUCACAGUGGUGAUCGCGGCUGCAGGAGGGGGACUUCUGCUUAUCAUGGGCAUAGCACUGAUUGUCACCUGCUGCCGGAAGAAUAAAAAUGACAUAAGUAAACUAAUUUUCAAGAGUGGAGAUUUCCAGAUGUCACCAUAUGCUGAAUAUCCAAAGAACCCCCGGGCACAGGAGUGGGGCAGAGAGACCAUUGAGAUGCAAGAGAAUGGAAGCACGAAGAACCUGUUGCAGAUGACGGAUGUGUAUUAUUCGCCAACUGGACUGAGAAAUCCUGAACUGGAAAGAAACGGACUUUAUCCUCCCUACACUGGUUUGCCUGGAUCUCGACAUUCAUGCAUCUACCCCGGACAAUACAAUCCAUCCUUUAUCAGUGACGAAACCAGAAGAAGAGACUAUUUUUAGCAGGGAGUGGAAGAUUGACACAGUUUUGUGGCCCUUGAUCCCCAGGUACAAUCUGUCUCCUGGACAGUUCAGCCCACAUCAAUCUUACUCUUCCCAUUUAACAGGAAGGACUUUGAACUCCAUGCCGAACAUUGCUGCCCUGAGGAAUGGUUACACUUGCUGAGCAGCAAAGAGAAGGAGGAGGAGGAGGGAAUGGCUCGAGGUGCACGUCACUAAAAGACCCAGAUGGAAGUUAACACAUGUACUCUGGAUUUGUUCUGUGCUGCUUCUUCACUCUUUACGCUACAUAGCAAGCACGAAUCAGUACAGGCAGAUGAACUGUGCCCAGCACUCUGCAUUGAAUACCACUAGGGAGUCUUUUGUUUACAGAUCUUGCUCACUGUUGACUGUGCUUGUCUUCUUAGUCAACCUUUAUGCAAAGAUUCACUGUGCAAUUCCUUUUGGUAGGGCAAUUUUGUCCACUCCCUUGUCCGUUGCUUCAUUGCUUUCUGCUUCGUACAUGACAGGGAAGCUGGCUGGUCCUCUGGCCCUCACCUUCUUACUGGCAGAAAUUCUCCAGAUGGCUGGGUCCUUGCUGAAGCGUGGUGCCUGGCGAUGUUGGCCAAUUCAUGGGUUGAUUGCCUCCAAGGAGUACCAGAAAGUUAGUCAUACCACUGCAGUUCUAACUGAAAAAAAAGAUACAGUUGAUCCUAUGUGCCACUUUGGAAACUUCCUGUAUAUAGAAAAGAGUCCAAGUAUUUUGUUGCUUUGUCAACCAGCAUUGUUCAGAAGUGAUGCCACUACACGUCAUUAUAGUGCUUCCUUAUAGGAUCUUAUUGGGCUCUGUUUCCCUGCAGGGGUUUAAAGGCCUGUAGAAACAGCAAUAUGAUGUUAAAUAGUUGCUCACAGGGAUGAAAACCGUGAGCUGGGAAUUCAGCACGCUCUUUACAAGGAACCUGGGAAGAAGCAAUAAUGCUAUAGCCCUGGUUGGGCAGGUGGAACAUGAAUUCUGGGCACUGCAGGUGGGACAUAGUUUUCAAGCCUCCACAGCCCACCUUGACUUCAGUAGGAGCUGUGAAGGUUUUCAGUACAUUGGAAAAUAAGGCUUACUGCAGUCAGUUGCAUUUAAGGGAGAGAAAAACAUGAUGCUUUCAAUCCUAGCGGCACAAAGAUCACUUAUGUUGAAGUGUUUUGCUUUCUUCCAUCCUAGUUUCGAGUGAUUCAGGCCACCAGGUUUCCUUCCUAGGUGUGUUAAUUCAUAUUAUUCACCUCGCAAAAGCUGAAGAAUGUAAGUUAUUAUAUUCCUGACCAAAGAUCAGACUGAAAGCUCACGGAUUGUAUUCUGACCUGAGCUGGGCGUUGAAAGAGACUGUAUUAAUGGAGUAUAUUUACCAUUUAUCUUUACUGCAGUGUUAACCUGCGUCAUCCAAACCCUGACCAGAUACAGGGUCCAGAUAUGGAUCCUUCUCCCCUGCAGUGCUCUAGAAGACACAGUGCCUACAAGUAAGUUCAUAAGGUAUCUCAGCUCACUGAAGCACUAGGGACCAUGGGAUGAGGCCCCCAAAAUGCCUAACCCCAAGUGAGAUUGGCAGUUCAGAUGCUUAUGUGUUGUGUAGUUGCUCACCGGAGGCAAACCUGGGGUGAUGAGGAGCCCUCCAUCAGGGAGCAGGUAUUAGUACUUGUGUCCUGUAGAUGCUGUGAGGUCCAGAUCCUUUCCCAGCAUUUUGAAGGCUGUCGUAUUCCCUAUCAAAAGUGAGCAACAGCUACCCAGAGGAAAGGCAGCUAGCACUAGGCAGUCAUCAGCUGUGUGGGCUAAGAAGUUUCUGGUCCCUGCUCAUAUUUACUUCUAUUUUCUCAAAACUGCAAGGCGAGAAAGGCACCACGAAUGUGCUUGAGAACACAUAGUUUGGUGCACCAGCUAAAGCAUACAAAUGCGUUGUCUUUUUAUGGCUCACUCCUUAUCUACUAUGUAGAAACAGCAGUGUGGGCUUGCAGAAAUACAGAACUUUAUGGAUGCCUAGGGCAGCGUGCUUUGCACUUACGUGAUCUUAUGGUGACAAUGCAUGCAACUUUAUGUCUGUCCAAUCCACAGUCAACCUUGCAGGUGGUAGUACAUAGCUUAUCUCAACUGUAGGGGGGAAAUUAGUGGAUGCUUAUGGGAAGUACAGCUGCCUAAGGAGCUAUAUUUAGGGAAAACUCUAGUUACACUAUUCUGUUCCCUGCCAUGCUGAUCAGUUUCCAGUCCAUGAAUGAUGUUCUUCUCCCUUUCAUUAGCAGCCAGUAUCUUAAUUACACAGAAUCCAUUGGAUGAUGUGAACUAAGGGCUUGACUCUGCUGUGCUGUGGGAUCCUUCAGAGAGGACAUUGGCAGAGUUGUUUUUGUGUGGGUGAGCUACCGCUGUUUUUGAGACUGCCUAGGACAGAAAGGACUGCCUUUCCUGUGGUAUGGAGGAGGGUUUUGUAUGUGUAACGAAAGAAAGGGGAAAGCUGGGAUUCAUGCUAAAUCUAAAUACAAAACGUAGAGAGGAGCAAUGGGCUGCCCUAUUUACUAAAGCAGCUUAGCAAAAAGGAAGAGUGUCCCAGCAAUGAUGGUAAAACUUAACCAUGCGCCAGGAUUUCGUCAGAUAGGGAAGAGUUUAGGCAUGUGCUUAUAGGCAAAUAUGUUUAACUGCUUGGUUAGUUCAAAGUCUGAGAAAUGUUCCUCUGUAUGCCAAGUUGAAAGGACAAAGUAGAAAUAUCAACUCACAAUUGCAGAUCAAUCCUAUAUAAAGAGUAACGUGGACUAUAUGAACAAAACUCCUGGUCUGUAUCUCACAGCAAAUUGCUAGGGAUUUGAGUGGAAAUGAUAUAGGACUGUUCCUAAUUGAGAUCACACAAAAGUUUGCAAGUAAUUAAUUUUCACUUCUUAAUAAUCUUCAAAUUCUUCUUAAUACUGUAUCUGGAAUGAAAGGGUCUCGGUAAACCCAGCAGGAUUUCCUGAGUGAGGACUGCAAAACUUGGCCUUUUCCAGAAUUUCAUUGCUCUGAAAUUUUCUUUCUGCCAGACCAGGUAAACAUUGGGAAAUUUCUUAUGAGAAUGUAUCCUUUGCAGCCUGACCUUCCUUUUAUCUUUGGUAAGAAAGGAGUCACAAAGCCAAUGCAUAGUCUACAGGAGGAAAAGGGUCUCUCCUGACCUGCAGCACCUUCUCUGGGUGCCCUAGGAGGCUCCACUCAGCAGGUAGGAGAAGAUUUAGGCAGGUGUCAUCACCAGGGUGAGUGCAGGUGCCUUCCCGCGUGGUGAUCCAGGUAGCCUUUGUGGAGCUGGCUGAUGCAGCCCGGGGUGAGUCAGCUCCUGGGUCUCCACCAGCGCAGCCACCCCCUGUGCCUGUGAUGCUUCCGUCUUGGAGCCACACCAGCUCCCAACGCCAAUAGGGUGGCGGGGUGGGGGUGCAGUGCAGUGUGUUUUGCCAUAGUUUAUGGGUUAUUUCACUGCAAUUAUUUACUAACACAUCCCAGCAGCAGUGGGCUUGCCUGGCCAUGGCAGGGUUGUGACCUGUUUCUCUGCAGCUUGACUCUUGUUAAAGCUGCCACCAGGAUCCUCUCUGUCUGCUUCCAUCUCGGCAAUAAACUAAGCACCCUCUGGAAGUGGAGUGGAGUUUAUUGCUCCUGUCAGAUAUGAGUGGGGGUCUUCACAUGCCCUUAAGCCCAUUUUCAAAUGCGGAUGCCUCUCUGUUCAGUACCUAACUCUCCCUAGGACGUCUAAAUAAAUGCAGCUUGCUUAGAUUAUUUUUAGCUACUCUAGAUUGGAAAUUUUCAGCAUACUGGUUGUUUUUGCAAGGGGAAUUGCUCUCUAAUGUCUGAGAGGAUAAAAUAGAAGGGGCAUGUUUCUUGAAAAGGAGGAUGCAAGUGGUUCAGCCAGAUGUGGGGAAAGGAAGAAAAACUACACCAAUACUACACAGAAAUCUGCUUUUGCUCCUGGCUGCUGUGGAAAGCUAGGGGAGCAGUCAGCAAGGGCCAAUGGGCCUUGGAAAAAAUGAUAAUUUUGUUGCUUGACAGGAAAAGAUGUGGGAGGCACAGGUUUGCUGCUAUGGUGCUCUGCCAGUUGCACUGACAAGAGCCCCACACCCACUGAAAUACGCCCAGCAGCCAGCCUAGAAGAGGCAGCCCCAGUGAACAGGGCAGCAAAAUGCAGAUUUGAAGUGUCGUUCAAAAUGGAGGCUCAUACACGCAACCUUCCUGUGUCCCUGCCAUGCACUGCUGCUUGCCCUGGCCAGCCCUCCCAGCUGCACUGGAAAAAUCACAGGUCUUUUGCAUACUCGUGAAACCUCACAGCACUGAACUGGGGUAACUGAGGGAAAAAUGGGACAGGAAUUUUGAUGCUCUUUGCCCUCUGCAUUUAAAGCAGUAAGUAACACAGCAGCAAUGAAUCUCCUUGCUGUUGCGGCAUUUCUCCCGAGUCCCACUGUCACGGUCAUUCACCUCAUCACUCCUUGUGACCAGCCUUCUAAAAGGUAUUUGCCUCCACACUGAGUGGUAGUAAAAGGCUUUAAAACCCAGCAAUAAAUAGCAGUUAGAGAGAGGUAUUUGUCUUUGUGAAGUUGUGCCAAUACUUGUCAAGGUUGUUUGCCGGGACAUGAGUGAGCAGCAGCAGGGAACGUGUGGACAUUGCUGCAGACACACCAAGUGCUUCCCCAGGGCUUGUCUCUAAUGCUGGUCCAUGACCAUAUCUGUUCCACAUCCAGCUGGACCUCUCAUUCCCUUAUAGUGAUGUUUAAUCUUUAGUUUUCUUCCUUAAACUGACAAGAACAGAUGCAUUUUACUUAAAUGCUCUUCCUAUGCUGAUUAAUGUUCUUUCCUCUUUACACACAGCAUCCAUUAUAGUGACUGGGGUAACUCUCCCAUGGACUGUAAUGAAGUUUUUUUUAGGACUGAAUUAUUCCACCACCAGGGUCACCUGUGCGUAGUACAUGCUUUCCCGUGGCAUUGUGUUCUGCCUAUUUCUGUGAUACUGUUGCUGCCUUUCCAAGUUGUAUUUAUUUUUUAAAAGUAUACUUAUUACUGCAGCAGGACCUGUAUUAUGCGAGGUUGAACAAAACAGGUUCAAGACCUGAAACAUCUUCUUGAGAAGAGAAUGAAUGUGAAUUUUGUGAAGUUGUUUUACUGAUCAGCCAACAUGUUUUCUAUUGUUGUAAGAUCAUCUAGGGACAUAGCUGUGCUUUCUGAGUCACAGAUAAGAACUACUCCUCAGUUCACUCUUACUUGUCCCUUCAGAAACGAAGCAAGAUCUCCCUCCCAGUUUUGAAAGGGGUAUGCACUGUGUGCUUGUAACAUUUUGGGAGCUUUGCAAUGUGUAUUUAAUUUUUUGUUCCCUUGAACUGCUGAAAUUGAAAAGCAGGACAGAAAUCCACAAAGGGGUAAGAAAUAAUGAAAGAAAAGGAAUAUGCUUACUUCUUUUGUAGAAGUAAACAUCUAAAGUGAGUGUGGCUUCUGUACUGUAAGGUCAUAUAUGGGAUGACACCUUUUCUGUGCCUGGUUUGUGUUGCAUGAGUGUAAUAUUCUUGUUGAGGGAAAACCUAGAGAGGGCGCCUGAUGUUCCUCAAAAGUAGGAUGUAAAUGCUAAGUUCCCUGGUCAUUGUGCUGGUAAAAUUCUAGAAGGGAUGGGAGUCUUGCUUGGGUUAAUGACAGCAGCAGGCAACCCCCAGAUCUGCAAAAUCCUAUAUGGAAAAGUCCUAUGGAAUACAGUACAAACUGAUUACUUCUCUUGAACAAUACCAUAGAAUUCGAUUGACAUAAAAGGUCUCCCAUAAAAUCUGCUAGGAUGGGUUUACUUUAAAGAAAAAAACCCCAACAGAAUAAAUGUUUAAUAGUUUCAUUUUUAAAGGAAAUUCUGUUAAGUUCAGUCAUUUGUUUUAAGCCCUGCUAAAUUCUACAGGACUUUUUCCUAACAGAAGGUCGAACUGGAUGUGUAAAAUCAUAAUAGUUCAUUGGAGCAGCUUUCAGAAUUGCAGUAGUAAAGCUCACCUUUUAUGAGCUCUAUUCCAAAAGGUAAAUUCGUAGCAUUUGUUUGUGCUUCUUUUAUCAACCUGAAUGUAAACCUGCUUUAUGUUCUUGAUAUUGCCCUGUUUCCUUCCCUGUAUCUCUGAAUGUUUGCUUCCAAGUCGCUGGGGUUCUGAGGACAUUUUCCAAACCAGUAUUAUUUAAAGUUGUAUCAUAUUUUCAGCCUCCACUAAUUAUACAGUGCUGUAGUCGCAAAAUAUAAUUUUUAAGGAUUGGAUUAUUUUUAUACCUGCAUCCAAUAUUAUUAAAUCUGGCGUUCUAGUCAGUAUUAUAAAAGGAUACAAUAAAACUAUGAAUAUUA